AUGGAGAAUUACAUCACACAAAUUUCUCGAGAGGGCCUGGAAGAACUCAGAGAAGCUUUUGACAAAAUCGAUAUUGAUAAAAGCGGCUAUGUGAGUGACUUUGAGCUUCAGGAGCUGUUCAGAGAGGCAAGUUUCUCCCUGCCGGGAUACAGGGUGCGAGAUAUCCUAGAGACCUUCAUCGCUGGAGACACCAACAAAGAUGAUAAGAUCAGCUUUGACGAAUUUGUUGGUAUCUAUCAAGAGCUGAAGAGUAAGGAGUUCAGUGAGUCAUUUAGAAAAAUCAUUUCAAGAAAAGAUGGGAUCCGCUCCUUUGGAGGAACGUCAAGAAAAUCCAGCGAGGGAACGCAGCACUCCUACUCUGAUGAGGAGAAGGUAGCAUUUGUCAACUGGAUCAACAAAGCCUUGGCGAAAGAUCCACAGUGUCAACAUCUUCUUCCCAUGAAUCCCGACGAUGAAAGCCUCUUCGCUUCUAUCCGUGAUGGCAUCCUCUUAUGCAAAAUGAUCAACUUGUCUCAACCUGACACGAUUGACGAAAGGGUCAUCAACAGUGACACUAGCAAACUCACCACCUUCAAAAAGACAGAGAAUCUGGUCCUCGCCCUGAACUCAGCCUCCGCUAUUGGCUGUACAGUGGUGAACAUGGACGUCCAUGAUCUGAUGGCUGGGAAACAACAUCUGGUCCUGGGACUUUUCUGGCAGAUUAUCAAGGUUGGCCUCUUUGCUGAUAUAGAAAUCAGCAAGCACGAAGGUCUGAUUGCCCUCCUGAAAGAUGGAGAAAGUCUGGCAGAACUAAUGGCUAGCUCUCCUGAGGAUUUGCUGCUCCGCUGGGUCAACUAUCAUCUACUGAACGCAGGAACAGAGUCGAUCAGCAACUUCAGUGAUGACAUCAAGGACUCACGGCCAUAUUUCUACCUGUUGGACCAGAUAUCAGCUCAAGAAGAGGAUGACUUCAAUAUGAAAAUCAAAAUCGACAUGUCCGGCCUGCAUGAGCCUGAUUGGAAUCAAAGGGCAGAGCUGAUGCUGCAAGAGGCGGCCCGGCUGGACUGCAGACAGUUCGUUUCUCCUAAGGAUGUCACGACUGGAAACAGCAAACUCAACUUGGCGUUUGUAGCUAACCUGUUCAACAUGUACCCUGCUCUAAAGAAUCAGACGAACGGCCUAGACGCUGGAGAAAUAGAGAUCGAGACCAGAGAGGAGAAAACAUUUCGCAACUGGAUCAACUCUCUGGGCGCCUCUCCUCGUGUCAACCACAUGUACUGGGACCUGCGUGAUGGUUUGGUGAUUUUUCAGCUUUAUGAGAAGGUCAAGGUGCCUGUCGCCUGGAAGAAAGUCAACAGGCCCCCUUAUUCUGCCCUGUGGGCCAGUAUGAAGAAGCUGGAGAACUGCAACUAUGCUGUGGAGCUGGGAAGAGAUGUAGCUCACUUCUCUCUGGUCGGUGUUGGAGGAGAAAACUUGAACGAGGGCAAUCGCGUACACACCCUGGCACUGGUCUGGCAGCUGAUGAGGAGGUACACAGUGCUGGUUUUGUCAGAUCUGGGUGAUGGAGAAAAGGUUGGAGAUCAAAUCAUCCUCAACUGGGUGAACACCACCCUGAGCCAGAAGCGCAAGGACACACAGAUCACCAGCUUCAGGGACAGACUGAUCAGCACCAGUCUGCCAGUUAUUGACCUGAUUGAUGCCAUCGCUCCCGGCACUAUUAAGUGGGUCAUGGUGAAGAGGGAAGCGAAAAUGCAGGAUGAAGAUAAACUUAACAAUGCCAAGUAUGCAAUCUCAAUGGCCCGUAAGAUCGGCGCUCGUGUCUACGCGCUGCCUGAUGAUUUGGUGGAGGUGAAUCCCAAGAUGGUGCUGACAGUGUUCGCCUGCCUCAUGGGCCACGGGAUGAAAAAGAUCAGCCGCUGAACCAGACAUGAA